AUGGCCUCCAGCGGUGCCUCUCAGCGCCGCACCACGAGCUCCUCGCCGCUAGCGAGUACGCCGCCCGUCACGACGACGACGACAACGACCACAACGAUGGGGACGCUGUCAGGCUCAGACCCCAGGCAGCAGCGGCGGGGGUUCCUCGCGUCACAAAACCCGGCGGUGGCCGCGCCGGCGGCAAACACGAACACAAGCAGCGAGACCCAGCGCCCGCUUUACUCCGACGUCGGCGAGCUGCCGGAGGAGAUUCUCUCCUACUUUGAGCACUGGGCCUCCCCGACGGAGGUCCUCCAGCUCCGCGCGCUGUGCAGCGAUGUGGUGAGCAAUUACAAGCACGAGGCGACCCGGCUGCUCCGCGAGCUGGAGGCGGUGAAACAGGGGCGGGAUGCGCUGCAGCGCGAGGUGCAGGAGACGCAGAGGCUGCGGCAGCUGUACGCCAAGUCGGACGCCGAGUACGAGAAGGCGCGCAGGGAGCGCGCAGAGUGGAGCGAGGAGCGUGAGCGGCUGCGGCUGCGGCUGCAGCGGCUGAGCAUUGAGAACCAACGGCUUCAGCAGCUGCUUGCCAGCCGGAGUCGCGGCCACGACCCGCGUCCUCUGCGUGCGUGGGCGACGGCUGCGCCGCUGGUUUUGGGUGGCGGGAGCGGUGGCGCGGCGCUUACCUCCACAACCACGCCACUUGCCACAGGCUCCUCCAUGCCGACACCCUCGCCCAGUUUGAGCUCAGUCGCGGAGCAAGCGCACAGAGGCCCCGGGGCCCAGCGGCCGCGACCACAGCAGCAGCAGCCCCCUCAGCCGGCGGAGUACGACGCGGGUACUGGUGGCAACAGCAGCAGCGGCAUGGGCGAGGAGUACUACUACAGUGGCAGCAGCAGCAGCGGCGGCAGCGGGGAUAUUAACGGGGCAUUGCGGGAGCAGCUGCGCCUCAUCGAGGAGCUCCACCGCAGCUCCACGGAGUACGCGGAGCUGGACGCCCGGUUUCAGUUUGCCCAGACGCUCUGGGACCUCACCGCCACGCGGUGGGAGCGGCGCUCGCUGCAGCUCGUCACCGAGAAUGAAAAGCUGAAGGGCCAGGUGCGGCACUGGCGGGGUCUCGCGGAGGACACCGCGGCCCGUCUCGACGCCACCGCGGCGCAGCUGCGUGACCGCCGCGACGAGGUCGAAGAGGCGCGACGGGCGCUGCAGGCGGCCCACGAGGAACGACAGGCGGCCGUGGCGGCGGAGCGAGGCGCCGCAGAGGAGUCCACGGCGUCGCUCAAAGCCGCCCACGCGGAGGAACUCGCGCGCGUGCAGCAGCAGCUGCAAUCGGCGCUCGACGACUCCGCCCGGACGCGUGAGAAACUGCAGGGGGCGCUGGACGCGGCACAGCAGAGGGCGGACGCGCAGCGACAAGAGCUGCUGGCCGCGGUGAAGGCCACCGAGCAGAGGUGCGGCGACGCACUGCGCGCCAGAGUUGGCGUAGAGACGGCCCUGACGGCGGCAGUGGCGUCGCACGAGCAGCAGCAGGCCCGUCUGGAGCACGAGCUGCAGCUGCUUCGUUCCGCCCAGGCGUCCGCGCGGAGUAAGUGGGAGGAGCAGUCCGCGCUGCUGACGACGACGCAGGAAGAAAACACGGGACUGACGGCGCGGUUGGUGGAAAUGGAGGCGGGGGCGCAGACGGUGGCCGCGCAGCUGGGCGCGGCGCUGGAGAAACUGCAGCAGGCCGGCGAGUUGGAGGCGGCGUUGGUCAACGCGCGUGCCAGGGCAGAGGAGGCGGAGUUGGAAGUGCAGACGCAGCAGUCCUACUACGCGGAGCAGCUGCGGGUGCACCAGACCGCGCUGGCGGCGCUGCAGCGGAAGCGGGACGACGAGGUGCAGCGAAUGGGGCGCGCGGUGGAGCGGCUGCAGCGGCGUUACGCGUCGAAUAAACUGCGGCUCGCCGCCGCAGUGAAGGGGAUGUGUCAAGCCGCCGAGGCGACGCCCACGUCACCGCUGGCGGCGGCGGCAGGACAAGACGAACAGCCUUCGGCGCGACCGGGCGGGGUGCGGGAGAGUUUCUUGGCGGGGGCGUCUACGGGGCCGGACGCCGUCGCGCUGCUGCAGCAGUCGGCGGCCAUUGCGGCCACGCUGGCCCGCACCCUGCAUCGUGGGACCCAGGCAGCAUAG